AAAAAAACAUGCUUUCGCUUCAAUGAUUGUCACCUGCUCCAUUUUCAACAAUAUAAUAAGCGACUCGCCGGGGGGAAAAACAUGAUUUCCUAGCCUAGUCUACCUUAAUACUCUCUUUCUCUCUCUCACACACAUACAUGGAGGAUGCCAUAGUUCUGUAUCCUUCUCCGGCCAUUGGCCACCUUAUCUCCAUGGUAGAGCUGGGAAGGCUUGUACUCAAGCACCACCCUUCCUUCUCCAUCACCAUCCUCAUCACCAAUCCACCUUACAACACCGGCUCUACGGCCCCUUACAUCAGCCGCGUCUCCGCCACAACUCCAGCCAUCAAGUUCUACCACCUCCCAACCAUUUCUGUCUCUGUCCACCCUUCCUCUCCUCACCCUGAAACCCUUGCUUUCGAAUUUCUCCGACUCAACAACCCUCUCCUCCACCAAGCUCUUCUCACCAUCUCCCAAACAAGCAACGUCCGUGCCCUUAUCAUCGACUUCUUUUGCAUUACGGCUCUCACCGUUGCAGCUGAACUGAAAAUUCCGGUGUAUUGCUUCUUCACUUCCGGCGCCUGUUGCCUUGCUUCCUUCCUAUAUCUCCCCACCAUCCAUCGGAACACAACAAAGAGUCUUAAAGAUCUUGACACCCAUCUUGACAUCCCGGGCUUGCCACCAUUUCCCGGAACUGAUAUGCCGAAACCGAUGCUCGAUCGAACAGAUAAGGCCUACGAAUGCUUCUUGGAUGUAUGUGCCAACUUGCCAAAAUUAGCUGGAAUUAUCGUUAACACGUUUGAGUUGCUAGAGUCGAGAGCUCUCGAAGCAAUAAGAGAUGGUCUAUGUGUUCCAGAUGAACCUACUCCGCCUCUCUUCUGCAUAGGACCAUUGAUUGCGGCCGAUGAUCGAACAGGUGGUGGCGGCAUGCAUGAGUGUUUGGUGUGGCUCGACUCACAGCCGAGUCGUAGUGUUGUGUUUCUGUGUUUUGGCAGCUUAGGGUUGUUCUCGGCGGAGCAGUUGAAGGAGAUAGCUGUUGGGUUGGAGAGGAGUGGACAGAAGUUCUUGUGGGUGGUGCGAAGUCCACCAACAGAGGACCAAACCAAGCACUUCUUGCCACCAGCUGAGCCGGAUUUGGACUCAUUACUCCCAGAAGGUUUCUUGGAUCGAACAAAAGAGAGAGGACUUGUGAUCAAGUCAUGGGCUCCUCAAGUAGCCGUGUUGAAUCACGAUUCAGUGGGUGGGUUUGUGACUCACUGUGGCUGGAACUCGGUGUUGGAAGCAAUGUGUGCCGGCGUGCCUAUGAUUGCGUGGCCGCUCUAUGCAGAGCAGAGAUUUAAUAGAGUAAUUUUGGUGGAGGAAAUGAAGCUGGCGUUGGCAAUGGAAGAAUCGGAAGAUGGGUUUGUGAGUUCAGCUGAGGUGGAGAAGCGAGUCAGAGAGUUGAUGGAGUCGGAGGAAGGAGAUUCAGUGAGGAAGAAGACACAGGUUACAAAAGAAGCUAUGGAGACAGCAAUCACGGUGGACAGUGGUUCCUCUCGCCUUGCUCUGACCAAGUUGGCUGAGUCAUGGACUCGGGGCUGAGUUGAGACGAUGAUUUGAAUAUCGUAAUUUAUUUUUGUCUGCAUUAAUGAAACGUGUGGGAAACUUCAACCAAUCGUACAACAAAUCAUAAUUUGGCGAUGAAAUAAAGUCCACAAGUGAUGAAUGCAAUUCUUACUUUAGCGUGAGAAACUAUCUAGUUGAAAUUUGGCACCUUCUGUCCGUGGUACACAAUAGCUUUCGAUGUUUAUCUGGUUCAUACAUGCUGACUAUAUGUAUUUGUCUUUAUUUUUUGUUGCAGCAAUUCAUUAUCAGUGUCAUCUUCUUGGAAUUUAUAAAAUUAAUUUAAUUUAGCAUCG